CUGGAGCUUCAGUCAUUUGAGCCUUGUUAAAUUACUGUAAUGUGCAAGCGUCCCAGACCUCCCUCCACACUUAACUAGUCUCCUCUCCUGUGUAAUCAGACAUGCCCAGACACAAUAUGGAAACACAGAGGAGUCAAUGGGAUCCGCUCAUGAGAUCGCCGUGGAUUGUGAGAGUGGAGCCAGACACCGAAAGCAGCAGCACAGAGACCGAACGGCAUCGAGUCAAACAGGGAGGCGGAGUCUCACUGACAUCACCGUCGAUGCUGCUGCAGCAGCGAAUCACGGAGCUCGACCAGCAGAGGGAGGAGCUAAAGAUUGAGCUGCAGCUGGAGGUGGCGCUGCUGCGCGGCGAGCUGCAGGCCGAGGAGGAGUGUCUGCGCAGGCACACAGAGCAGCUGCAGGUGCUGCAGGAGAAGGACAGGCAGCGCAGGAGCCGGCAGCGGGCCAGCAGACAGAAGGAGCGAGUCCAGCUGGAGGAGCAGCGGCUGAAGGUGGAGGAGAUGAGGAGGAGGUGUGAGGAGAAGCAGAAACAGAUUCCCUCGCAGCCAGAGGACCAGCGAGAGCCGCUGCUGCUUCAGCUGCAACAGGAGAGGGAUGCUCUGGAGGCCACAGUGCGAGCGUUUGAAGACAUGGAGUUCCACGUUCUGGAGCUGGAGAGCGGAGUGGAAGACGAGCGAGAAGGAGAGGAUGGAGAAAGUCAAACGGUCAUCGAAAGAGAGAUAAGCAGAGUACAGCACACGCGCAACGCAUCUCAGGAACGAGUCCAGCGACUGGAGAAGCAGCUGAAGGAAAUGGAGAAAGAAAAGGAGAAAGCGCUGAGCUCCCUCAGACAGGAGAGAAAGGAGCUGCUGCACAGCUCUCAGAGGGUUUUGAAAGAGAAGAAGCCGCUCACUGAUUGGUCCAACAUCACAGGCUCCACCCCCUGCGUGAUGUCACUGAGCCCUCUGACCAUUCACAAGGCAGCGCAGGAAUCACUGAAGGACAGAUCCAGUUUGCCUCGCAGACGCAGCUCGCACAAGAAGAACACAGACAGACCACUCUCUGCACAAGGUGAGCAGGCCAGACAGGUGAAACGGCAUUCACUAGGACACAAAUACCUGCUGAAAUGUGGUUUAACUGGCGUCAGACUGUAAGCAGGUCAAACAGAAACACAAUUGUGCAGAACAAGCAAACAGCCAGAGGUCCUGCUGAUCAUCAGCUCUGAUUUGGAUCGAGGUGUGUCCGUGUUCCUGGAAAAGCCAGUGGAGCCGCUGCGACUGCUGUUGAGACACACAGCUGUGCUUUUGUUCCUGACAGUCAUUUAUCUC